AUGUCUAUAUCUGUUUCUGUAUUGACAGCACCAAGGAUUUCUGAAGUUGGUCUACCAGGAGUUGAAAACAUCAAAGAUGCUACUUCCCGGGAAAUGCUUGUCAAAAUCAUUCAUGGAAUUGCAAUGAUCCAAGAGCAAAUUGAGCUUCUGUUUGAGGAAAUGCAACCAGAUUGUAUAGUCUCGGAUAUGUUAUAUCCUUGGACAGUUGAAUCAGCUGGAAAACUCGGCAGUCCAAGGAUUUACCACUACAGCUCAAGUUACUUCGCAAGCUGUACAGCUCAUUUUAUCAAGAAGCACAAGCCUCAUGAGAAUUUAGUUUCUGAUACCGAUAGUUUUUCAAUUCCUAAUCUUCCACAUAACAUCGAGAUUACUUCUCUACAACAAGAUUGGGUGAGGACAGGGAAUGAACUCUCAGAUUAUUUUGAUGCAAUAUACGAAUCAGAGGGAAGAAGCUACGGAACACUUUUCAACAGGUUUCACGAACUUGAAGGUGAUUAUGAGAAACUUUACAAGAGCACAAAGGGGAUCAAAGCAUGA